AGGGCUACGGACCUAGGUGGCUCACCCCACACAGGGAUGCCUAUCUGUCCAGAGGUGGGGUCCAGGGUGAGAGCCUGAAAUCCAACCCUGUGUCUUUGGAAAAGUCUGGGGAAUUCUAACUCUCAUCUUGGCACUGGGAUAAGAACCAGACAGUGGAAGGUGUGCUUGAUCUGCAUGCUGUGAGGACCAGAGUCCUGGACUAGAUGGGCUAUGGACAUGCAAGUAUUCCGUUUGAGCCAGACGGUAACAGCCACUCCUUCUCCCUCCAGGACAACACUUCCUUUCUCAUCCUGAGGCCAAGUGCUUGACUAAAGCCCCUAAAAGCCAGGCAAUCACUUUGUGCCGCAGUUUUGAGUGUCCUCUUGUGGAAAGGAUUUAGGGAAAGGUGCAGUGACACACUUCCUCUCCCUUCUCUGGGGGAGGUAGGACAGGCCAAGGGCUCCUACUUCUUGGCUUAUAAAAUGUCUGGUCCAGGCUGGAUAGGUUGACUCCACAGCAGACUUAAUAAGGGAAGGAGGCACGACUGCUCCUUAUUAUUGAUUCAGAUGAAAGGGCUCAUGUGGAGGGCGGGGUAGGGUGGGAAGUGGGCUGACCCGCACAGCACCCCCUCCUACUUUCAGAGCUGUCUCCAUUUCCCCAUUUGUGGCCUGGGUACCCCUGGCAACUCGGAGUAGCUAGCAUUUCCUGGGUGAGCCUAGCCAGCAGGUGCACUCCCCAAAAUGGUUCAACUGAGAGGCAGUUUAUGGUUAUCCUGGCCAGCAAAUGGGGAGAUAGUGUCCAGGCUCUGCACCCUCUUUCCCAGUUCAGACAUUUCGAAUGCCUCUCAUGUCCUCCCCAGAGCAAGACAAUGUGACCAGCAUCUUGACCCCCAACCAGGAGUUGGAGGAACUGCAAUCUGGUGGAGACAUACCCCAAGCCAGCCUCUGUUCACCAACUGCUUACAAGGAUGAGGACACCAGACUCUGCUACGAGUUCUAUGCCAACUCCGUAGUCCUGGGAUGGCUCCAUACAGCUUGGGCUCACAUGGCUCAUCAUCCUCUUCUUGGCCUCAGUCAUACUGUCACUGGAUUGCCUAUCUCAGCCAUCUCCAGCAAUGGCAAAAUCAAGGCUGGCUCCUGUAUGAUUCAAUGUGCUUCAGAAAAUAGGACUGACAUGGGUGUGCAGAAUGGGAGCUGCCUGGGCGCAAAGUGCCAGUAUGGCUGGGAUUUCAGCAGUUGUCGAGAGCAAGGGUCCUGCCUCUAUGGGCUUUCUAAUCACUAUGAGGCCAUGAACAUGGUGUCUGCCUUUAGCCCUCUGAUGUCUGCUGGAAUCUUGAGUGCCACUCUGUUCUGUACCCUUUCCUGCUUUGUUUCAGUCCCUAAUAUCUUCCAGGCUAGUUGAGAUCUUAGCAAGAGGCUUGCAAGAGAAAGGAGAGAAUGUUAGUGGACAUGGUCAUCCCAAGUGUAUAAUUUUUGAGGAGGGGCAAAAGAGGGCUCAGUUCUCAGCAACUGGGAGUUAGAAGGUAACUUUGGGAGAUGGAGAUGACCGUGGCUGCCUAGCGUUUAAAGAGAUAAUCCAAGCCCACAUAGCAACAUUCAAAGUCUGCCUGUAAAUCAAGGGAAAGUAUGG